AUGAAGUACCUCCUCGUCGGCCUUGCAACCGUGGCCUCGGUCUCGGCCCACGGCUGGUUCUACCAACCCUACCAAGACCCGUACAUGGGCGACGGCGCCCCCGAUCGCAUCUCCCGCAAAAUCACCUCCAACGGCCCCGUCCAGGACGUGACGUCGAUCGACCUCCAAUGCGGCGGCAUCAGCAGCGAGGGCAUCAUCGGUUCUGAGCCCGCCCCACUCCAUGCCACCGCCAAAGCCGGGUCGACCGUCAACCUGAAGUGGACGCUGUGGCCCGACUCGCACAUGGGGCCCAUCCUCACUUACAUGGCGCGGUGCCCUGACGAGGGGUGCGACAAGUGGCUACCUGGCGAGGAACCCGUCUUCUUCAAGAUCCACCACGACGGCCGCCACACCAUCGACAAGACCUGGCCAGAUGAUAUCUGGGCUGUGAUCCUCUUCAUGCACGCCUCCACACAGGGCUACAACUACACGAUCCCGCUCUGGCUCCAGCCCGGCGCCUACCUGGUACGGCACGAGCUGAUCGGCGCUGACAUCGGCGUGGGCGGCCGGGCAGGCACAGUCUACCGGUCUGUCACCAGCUGCCGUGACCGGGAUCGGCACGAUCAACCCGACCGAGGGCCUGGUCAGUUUCCCGGGGGCGUACAAGGCGGAUGA